UAAGAACAUACAGUAAGUCACAGAGCCAGGCCACAUAAGGAACUUUCUUUUAAAUAAAUUCUGUUCUGCGAUUGGAAGCUUUUGGUCAAUAAAAGGACUCCCACCCAUUGCAAGGAUAGUACCACAGCUGCUGUGUCUCAAAGGCAUUCUUUUGAGUAUGGGAAAGACGAUCCCAGGGAUAUAUAUGGCCUGGAACGAGCGAGGAAGUGCUCAAACAGAGGAGGACACAUUCAGAUGCACAAACCCAUUGCCACGCAAUUUUCUUGUGGACAUCAUGUGGAUGUGGGCACUACUUCCUCUUAUUCUGGCAGCGUUUGGCAUUCUAGGUGUUUGGACCAUUUUUGGUAUAGCUAUGUCUAAUGGGACAGUCAACCUGACAGUCGAGUUCCCUUACAUCAGCACUUGUGGAGCAUAUAACCCUCAGAGCUGUCUCUUCUCCCAGAUAUGCAACAUCUGCUGUGUGCUAGCUCUGUGGAUUGUGAUUAUAAGAUUUCAACAGGUCAGAGAUUUGAAUUGUGCAUCUCGUGUGAACACAGUGAGUCUGGUUCUGGGAUUCAUUUCAUCAAUAGGAAUCUCCAUUCUGGGAAACUUCCAGCAAUCAGUGCUGUUAAGCGUUCACAUAUUGGGUGCAUUUCUGGCAUUUUUUGUGGGUCUGGCAUACUUCUGGGUUCAGGUAUGGCUCACUUACCACGCAAAACCAUCGAAUGACAAGAAGUGGGUGGGGCCUGCACGGAUCAUUUUGUGCAGUAUUUGCACUUGCUUGGUUCUUGUCAUGUCCGUGCUCCAUAAGACAGGCUACCGAUCUGCAUCGGCCAUAUGCGAGUGGGCUUUGGUCAUGUCCUUCUUCAUGCUAUUCGCCAUCUUCUCCGCAGAGUUUCGCCACAUUGAUUUCUUUAAGCUACAUGUGCAGAAAGAGGGGUUUAGCAAUCCCCACAGCCUUGAGGUUAGGACGCAGCAAAAUAACACGGUGACACUGAACGGACAUUUAUCCAGCACAGACACAUCUGUUGACAAUUGACAAGUUUGAUCUGCUGUGUGGAUGUAAAGAUAUAUAAUAUUGUGCUGUAUGGGUUUACGCUGCUAAUAUGGACCUAAUGUUAUAAGAUAAGAAAAUUUUCUUAUCCAGUGUAUCAGGUUUUAAAGAUGUCUAACUUAUAACCUUAAGCCAUUCUGUUCAGAUUUGACUGAAGAAUAAGUCUAUCUGCUCACAUUUGUUAAUGACUUCGCUCUUAUUUAUCUUUAUCUUGCUAAAACAAUAAAGAAUGAUACAUAACCAA